UUAUUUUCAAUUAGUUUAAAAAUACCAUUCAUUCAGCUCGGAGGUUUGAAAUACAUAUUCUCUUGAAAAUGCUGCUGAAAUACAUUCCUUUGCUUUUGUUGGUUCAGCUUUACGUAGCGACUGCUAAACCAACUAGUCCUGAACUGCUUAGUUCCAAUGAUUCAUUGCAAAGGGAUUUGGAGAGGCAGGCCAAGGAUGAGACAGUCCACCUGCUGGAUUCCCUGUUCCGUUCUCAGAUUGCCUACUUCACCGAGGUGAAGACCGCUCUGAAUCCGCAAACAAAGCGAUUCCAGGACAUUAGUGUUUAUAUUACACGCCUAAAUCAGGCCAUUGCUGAGAAGGAUUUGGACAAAAAGGAUCAAGUGUGGAUGGGCGUCUUCGAAGAGUUCAAGGACUCCCCCUUACUACUGAACAGGGAAACCGAGACUGGUCUCACGGACUCGCAAUACAAGACCCUGCUUACUGGUCAAAAACUGCAGGACAUAUCCACCAAGUUCGUAACCGAUGUGGCUGAUUACUUCUGGAAAAUGGCCAAGCUCAGCGGUAAAGUAGUUGGUAAUGGCUUAUCGAACGGUGUUCAGUCGUAAAUACAAUAAACCAAUAGUGACUUAAUCAAA